AUGCCUCAUCUAGCUCGCACCAAGAUUUGUGUGUACUGCGGAGCAGGCACUGGUGCCAGUCCCGCCCACAUGGAAGCUGCCCGGGUGCUCGCUCGUGCGAUGGCUGCAAAGAACAUCGACCUUGUCUACGGCGGUGGAACCGUUGGCCUCAUGGGAGAAAUCGCCAAGACUUUGGUCUCGCUCAAUGGGCCUCAACUCGAUGACAUGGUGAUCAAUCAGAGCUUCCCCUACGACAAACUACCCAAUCCCCAAUCAUUCCGGCUCCUUGAGAUCAAAAAUGGCGACAGUAAUGGCACCAUCCGUUGUACUCUGAGAUCGCACUCGCUGGAAACGGCACCGUUGUAUCAAGCGCUGAGCUACGUAUGGGGACCUCCAGCCACGACCAAUGGCAAAUCAAUUCAAUGCAACGGCCACGACUUCUUCGUCACUGACAAUCUGUACGGAGCUUUGCAUCGCUUGAGAAAAAUAAGAGAUUGUCGCUUGAUCUGGAUUGGCCAGAUCUGCAUCAACCAAAAUGAUAUUCAGGAACGAUCUCAACAAGUCAGUAUCAUGAGAGAUAUAUACAGUAGAGCCAAGCUCGUCAACGCUUGGUUAGGCGUGACAAAUUUGCUCGAGUCUGCUCGUGUUGUUGACAUUAUCUCCGUAAUGGCAUCUCAUAGUUGGUCUGGCAUGAUUAAACCCGAAGACCCUGUUAACGAUGAAACCCUGGCAAAUCUCGGCCUGCCCGCACAAGAAUCUCCGACCUGGGUAGCCCUCAUUAAGAUGCUCGACCUUCCAUACUUCUCAAGAGUGUGGAUCGUCCAAGAGAUAGCCGUGGCGAAAUCCUAUAGGAUCUUGUGGGGGAGCAUCAUUAUCCCUGGCGUGACCUUUCUCAGCUCUAUCAGAGGUUGGCUAUUAAUACCUAGGGUAUUGAAUAAUUGGACUGCAAUGGGUCCUGUGAAGAACGCGCUCUCGGUCGUAUUGGGAAACCACGAAAGUAAAGACUGGCCAUAUUUAGUUUCCUGGUUUGUGGCUCACGAAGCAUCAGAUCCCCGCGAUAAGAUAUAUGCAUUCAUUGGGCUCGCAGAUCAGACAGGAUAUAACAUCAUGGCAGAUUACAAUAAGCCUGUUCUGGAAGUUUACUAA